AUGGAGCAGGCUGCUGGUGUGAGCCUCGUAGCCCUCACGGCCGCGCAAGCGAUAUGGUACCGCCUGGGCCUGCAAGCUCCGUUUGCUUACGAUCGCGACCAAGUCUUUCAAGAGCACCCAGACUGGAGAGCCAUACAGAACGAAGCAGAUGGACCUGGUACAACCAACGUUCUCAUCUGCGGCGCAUCGACAUCAGUGGCAGUAUAUGCCGCGCAGAUGGUACGACUCAGUGCCAGAUCCAGCGGCAAAGUUAUCAGAUUGUACGGCGUCCCUAGCGAAGCUCGAUGGGAGUUUCUCAAAAUGGAGCCCUACGGGAGGUGCUGGCAUUCAUUUUGCGUUGAUCGCAUCUCUGAGGGUAGCUCCGUCGAGCGCACUUGUUCAAGCCUCGCAGGCAACGGAAAGGUAGCCAUUGUCCGAUCUCGCGAAGGCGGAGCUUGGAAAGCACCCAACAUUUCGGUUGAGCCAAGUUACGGCGCAGUGUGGGAAGGUUUGGGCGAGGAGGUCGAAUACCAAGGCUUUACUGUGCGACGAUCGCCAGCUGCGCGUGGGUUCACGGUGGCGUUUUACGCAUGGCUCAACGGUUGUAUGGGUUCCGCGAUGAGUCCAGCUCCGAUCAGAUUGAUGCCGGGUGGUCUAGAGAGCGUAGUUCAGGAUGGCUUCCAGCUACUUGGUGCGGGUAGUAUGGCGGAAAGACGUGUCAUCCGCACUGAAUCGUGGAUGCGGCCUGUCAGCGCUGAGAAGCUUGUCUACGGUAUCUAA